GAUUACGAAGGCAACCACAUCCACCACCAAACUUCAAAACCCAAACACCCCUUCUCUUUUUCUCAUCUCAUCUCAUUUUUUAAUUUUAAUAGAAAAGAUCCGAGGAUGAGCGGCAAUCAUGGCCACUACCGAAGAAUUCAGCUUCCCUACGUUCACUGAUUUGUACCCUUGCUCCAUUGAUUCACCGCCGUUAUGGCAUCUGUCUCCUGCAGCAUCUCCUGACGUUUUUCUUCACAGCAAAGGUAAACAAGAAGAAGAAGAUUGUUUUCCAGUUAGUCAGAGAGCAGACGAAGAUGAUCAUCAGGAAAGAAAGAGCAAAUCGCACGAAGAUCACAAUGAUUGGAAGCAGUCGGACAAAGGCGUUGCUGAAGAUGAAGAGGAAGAUGAAGAGGAAAAGAUGGACAUGUUGUGGGAGGAUUUCAACGAAGAAGAAUUGCCAAGAAGUGGAAGUUCAUCGAGGUGUUCAGAAGAUAUGGUAGAAAUGGGAUGCGGUGGUGGUCACAGCCUGAAAUUGUCGAAAACCAAUGUGGGCAUGUUUUCUCCAAGCCCCAGGAGAGCAGGCAUGCUGGUUUUCAUGAGGGUAUUGAGAAAGUUCUUGCUCCAUAAUUCUCAUCGCUCUUCCAACUCACACUUGCCAAACUAAUAUAUAAUCUCAUCUUCCAUUGUUUUAUUUGCUGCUCACCAACCAAGGCCUCCUCCUCCUCCAUGCUUUAAUUAUGUCCAUACGAUUUGUAGUCAAAAUGAUGGAAAUGGAAGGUAUGCAUUUAUAUAUAUAGAUAUUAUACACUUUUUACUUAA